AUGUUUUCAAAUUUUGGUAAUUGUUUUACUCGUUGUUGGCCAAUGAAUUCUUUAUUUAAUCGUUUUUGGUUAAAGAAAAAGAAUGUUGGAUCUAAUAAAAUUAUUGGGGAUGAUGAUGAAUUUGUUAAAAUUGAGGGAAGAAAAAAACAAAAUAAUUUAAAUUAUAACUUUCCAAAUUCAAUUAAACAAUUCCCAGCCCCAGAAAUUAUAAUUGAAAGAAUUAAUACACCAAAACAUUCGAGGGAAGAACAAGAAGUUACUUUAACAUUGCCUUCUGAAAUUAAUAUUACUGAAGGGGAAGAAGAAGAAGAAAAUGAAGAAGAGGAAGGGAAAGAAAAAUGGAAAAUUAAAAGAAAAGGAAGGCAUAGCUCUGUUGUUUUAAUAAAUAAAGAAAUAGCCAACAAUCAAAAUGAAGUUUUAACCAAAUCUUGUGCUCAACUUUGCCUUUCUGUUCAAUAUAGUGAACAAAAAGAAUUUUUAAUAUUGAUAUUAAAUGAAUUAGUGAAAUUAGAAGAAUUGGGGGUAAUUGAAAAUCAAAAUGAGGAAAGGGCUAUGUUACAACUUCGUUUAGCCCUUUUAAUUCCCGAUUCUGAACAAAAAAAUUUUCAAAAAUUUCGAACGAAAUUUCGUUCGUUUGAAGGACAAUUAAAAAUAAAUUUUGGAGAAACAUUUGCUUUUAACUGUGAUAAAUAUUAUAUAAAAAAUAUACUAACGAUAUUCGCCGUCCCCAAUGUAUUGGAUUGUCUUUUCUUCAAAAUUUUUUGGUAA